AGCCACUGGGAAUUCCCCUGGAAAACACCUAGCGCCAGGCAGCCUUUUCUGGAAGCAAACUAGAUACGAACUAACCGUUUGCUCGGUAAGUAGUUUUGGUUUUAGAAUGAUUUCGGAAUGGAGGAGUUUGGUUGCUAGUGCGGCAGCGCCUUGCGCUGUUGUGUCGGCAUUUGUCCAAGAAAAGGGCCUUUUGCUCCGCUAGGACAACAGCACUGCCAGCCCGACUCUAGCCCAUCAGCUCAACUUAUCAGGUAGCUAGUGGGGCUAACAGUCAAAUAUAACGUGUAGUACUCAAAACUGGCUUAAUAAAAAGCAACAAAGCUGUUUCUAAAUGGCGGGGACACAAAGGCAGACGGCACCAGAUUUUGAGUGUGAUUCUCGAAAGCAGAACGCACGGCCUGGAUUCAGUUUUGGGCCGGAGAAACGCGAUGGUACGGAUGCAGUUUCAGAGGACUGGUGCGAUAGUGGACUGGACUCUCUCGGUGGCGUAGCCCUCGGUGUCAGUACCACUGACGGCACUGACGCCGCACACUGGCAGUCUGAAACAGAGUGGAUCCCUGACCCAGAGUCAAACGGCUCUGAAAAUUGUGUAUCCGUUGGAGGUGGGGACAGGCUCGACUCAGCUAUCGGAGAGUCCAUUACUGAUGAGACGGUUGGGAGGCUUUCGGCCGGGAUCGGAACCAUAAUUCUGAGCGAACCAGUCGGCCCUAACGCCACGGAAAGUGGUCAAACUGGGAGGGUCGGAGCGACGAGUCGGGAGGAGGAACGCCAGCGAAGAGAAGAGUUGUUCAAUACUCUCAACUUUCUAUCGGAGGACGGUGACACCGCUCUCCACUUGGCCCUGAUUCACGAGCAAUGGGGCUUUGUAGACUAUCUCCUCAGUGUCAUUGCCUUGGACCCCAGCUGGACCCAGUACCUGGACAUCCAGAAUGAUUUGGGCCAGACGGCAUUACAUCUGGCAGUGAUAGUGGAUCAGUGGGAGUGUGUGCGGGGGCUCCUGUGGGGAGGUGCGAACGCUGAGCUUCAGGAAAGAGGAGGCAACACUCCUCUCCACCUUGCUGUGCGUGAACAGCGAGUGGAGUGUGUGAGAGAGUUGACUGCCUGUCCACGGACCCCUCAAGACCACAUGCAUGUCACCAACUUCUCAGGAGUCACGGCGCUCCAUUUGGCUGUACAGAAGGGGAAUUAUGACAUCAUUGGUAUGCUGCUGAAAGCUGGAGCAGAUGUGAAUCAGAGAGACUUGAGUUCGGGGCGUUCUCCUCUGCACUGGGCAGUGGAGUCUCAGAAACCUGCUGUAGUCGAGCUGUUGCUAUGGGCUGGGGCCAUGGUUGACCAGCGGAGUUACGCUGGACACACUCCACUUUACUGCGCCAUCCACAGGCCAAACAAAGAUGUCCAGGAACUGCUGCGUGCUGGAGGGGCAACACACUCACCUGAGGAUGAGGAGGACGAUGAGGAAGAGGACGAACGAGAGAGCGAAGAGGAGGAGUUUGAUGAUGUCAUCAUCAAUGGACAACGAGUGCUGUAACUAUGCAGAUGAAUGCUGAUCAACAGUGGCCCUCAUGACUGGGUUUGGGUGGAGAGGGAGGAAAGUGUGUGUUUGUAAAUUUGCUUUAAGACACAGUAGAAUCCUGUUGUGAAUUUGGAUUGGGGAGACACUGUACAAAACUGGUUCAGCAAUUAUUUUUGUCGUUUUUUUUUUUUCCUUUUGUUUUUCGUUUGCUGACUGUCUAACCUCUGAUUUUAUCCUGCUGUGGAGCAAUGUCCUUUGUGAUUAAAAAAAAGUAAGAAAAACAGUCAUCAUAGAAGACAUUUUUGUGAAGGGGGCUGAAAUCAGUAGACAGUCAAUAGGAUAUUACUUAACAUGGCAACAGAGGUGCAGGGUAACAUAGCAUAAUCAUUUUUAUCACAUCAUUUCCCACAAGGCCCUUGUGCUACUAAACAACAUAGAGAAUAUUAAAAUAUACCUGUCAAAUAUACCUGAAAUUGUCAGCAUUGGCAAGACACCUGAAAAGUCAUGGCCUUGCCAAUAGUACUCCCUGUUGCUAUUAUACAAACCUUGUUUCCCUGAGUGUAAGUGAAUGAUGACACAUAAUGGAAGGGCUUCUUUAGCAGUGUUUGAUGUCUGAGGGGUAAAUGAAGGUGUGAUGAGGGGAUGUGGUGUAUGUGAAUAAAGAGAAAAGAUCAUGUGAUGAAUGCAUGCUUAGAGAGAAAGGAUGAGAGAGAGAGAGAGAGACAGGGAAUAGGACAAAUAGGGGAUGUAAUGGUACUUUUUUUUUUUUAAGAGGCGAUGCUGUGUGAAUUGUAGAUGAUUACUUGUACUCUAGCAAACUGAUAUAAGCCUCUGUGGACGUUUAUGCAUUUUUCUGUAUUUUUAUUUGUAUCUCUGUCUUUUUAAAUGUAAAGUGGAGGAGAAGGCCAAAUUUGAUGAAGACCUUCCUGUGAUACCAGAAAACUGGUAAAAUAAAUGAAAGCUCAUGAAAA